GGCAAUUUUAUCGCUUGAAGUUAAGUUUCAGAAAGUUUUUCUCAAUCUCCCAGACUGUCUUGCCUUCCAUCUUUCUUGCACGACACAUUCUGUGUUGGAGGGCUGUUAUUAUGAGCUAUGCACGAAGGUCUAUCCUUAAAUAUGUGGCAGAGCGGGGAAGAACACAUGCCUUUUUCUCUGUAACGAUUCCAUUCAUAACGUCUAUCAAUUCUUCUAUUUUUCAUCGUCCCUUGCAAGAACAAUUUGAGUAGCAAAUGGGAAACUGCAUUACCCUCUCUUCAACCGCUGGGGACGCCUCCAUCGGUAGCAAAGCUCUUCCUAUCGAGACUACCUUCAAGCAUCCCGCUCCUCUGCCCACUUGGCCGCCUGGUUCCGGAUUCGGAUGUGGGGUUAUUGACCUAGGAGGCCUCAAAGUACGCCGAUUAUCGACUUUCAAAAAAGUUUGGGCGGCAUACGAGGGAGAUCCGGACAACCUUGGAGCAACAUUCUUUGAGCCCUCUGCAAUCCCGAAUGGAUUCUUCAUGCUCGGAGGCUAUAGCCAACCCAACAACAAGCCACUCAACGGUUGGGUCCUCGUAGCCAAAGACGGAGCAGAAGCUCUCAAAAGGCCGACCGACUACACCCUUCUUUGGAGCAGCGAGUCCCUGAAAAUCAAACAAGAUGGGGUUAGCUAUUUCUGGCUUCCCGUGCCGCCCGAAGGAUACAGGCCUGUGGGCCUAGUCGUCACAGUCUCCCCAGAGAAGCCCUCCAUGGACAGGAUCCGAUGCGUGAGGUCUGACUUAACCGACCAGUGCGAGGUGGAUACAUCCAUCUGGGGGCCCACGGACUCAGCCAAGUUCAGUGUGUCGAGCUUGAGACCGCAAAACCGAGGCACACAAGCUCUGGGGGUGUCUGUGGGGACAUUCGUUGCACAAGUUAAUGGCGGGAAUGGUUCUUCGAUUCCUAUCAGUUGUUUGAAGAACAACAGCCCAAACUAUACAUCUUGUAUGCCUAAUAUGAGCCAAGUUGGUGCACUCGUCCGUGCUUACUCUCCGCUCUAUUACUUCCAUCCCAAGGAAAAGUACCUGCCGAGCUCUGUGAGCUGGUUCUUCAGCAACGGAGCCCUCUUGUAUAAAAAAGGCGAAGAAUCGAAACCCGUCCCUAUCGAGCCCAUGGGUUUGAACCUUCCCCAGGGCGGCUCAAAUGAUGGGGCCUACUGGUUGGACCUUCCCGUGGUCGAAGUGGACAAAGAAAGAGUAAAGAAAGGAGACUUGCCGAGUUCUCGGGCGUACUUCCACAUCAAGCCCAUGUACGGGGCGACUUUUACUGAUAUAGCCAUAUGGCUCUUUUACCCUUUUAACGGUCCAUCAACGGCGAAGGUCGGGAUUAUCAAUGUCCCGCUGGGCAAGAUCGGGGAGCAUGUCGGCGAUUGGGAGCAUGUGACCCUUAGGAUAAGUAACUUCAAUGGUGAGCUUUGGAGGGUCUUUUACGCACAGCAUAGUGGAGGGACUUGGGUUGAUGUCUCGGAGCUCGAAUUCCAGGGCACCAGCAAUAGGUUCGUGGCCUACUCUUCGCUGAACGGUCAUGCUUCGUACCCGAAGCCGGGUCUUGUCAUGCAAGGCACUGCAACGAUCGGGAUCAGAAAUGACACCUCAAAGAGCAGUCUCACCAUGGAUACUAGUGCCUCCUACUCAAUCGUAGCGGCCGAUUACCCCGCAGGGGCAUCGGUUAGUUCACCUCCGUGGUUGAACUAUAUGAGGAAGUGGGGCCCAAAGAUUAGUUAUGAUACGGCGGAGGAGGCCAGGAAGGUGGCAAGCGUGUUGCCCGGGGAGCUGAAGUCGGCUUUCGAGAGCCUGAUGAAGAGCUUGCCGAGCGAGGUGUUCGGGGAGGAAGGACCCACGGGACCCAAGGUGAAAAGCAGUUGGAGCGGGGACGAGGUCUAAUGUGAGAAUAUAUUUAAUGAGUGUUACUCAUUCAUAAUUGAUGAAUAAUAACUAAUCAGAGUGUCUGAAAGUGGAAAUUUAUGAAGUUACUGUGAGAUUAAUUUUUCACUUUUGAGCAUUCUAGUUGAGUGUCAGUCAGCUAAGCCAUGAUUACGUAUAAUACCAGUCGAUUGCUUUACUUGUACUCUUACUAGUAUUAUUACUAUGAAACCUUCCAAAAAAAGAAAGCAGGCAAGUACGAAACAAUUCCUUGUCA